CUUUUGAGUAUGAAGUCCUCACGAAGUACCCGAGUUCUUUCUCCUUAGACGCUCGGGGUCUGGGUCAUGGGGCCCCGAGCCCUGCUCCUGCUGCUCUCGGGGGUCCUGGCCCUGACUGAGACCUGGGCUGGCCCACACUCCCUGAGAUAUUUCACCACCUUCCUGUCCGGACUCGGAAAGUCCCGGUACAUCGUCGUCGGCUACGUGGACGACACGCAGAUUUUGUGGUUCGACAGCGACACCCCGCACCCGAGGGUGCAGUCCAGGGUGCGGUGGGCGGAGCAGCCGUGGGUGGAGCAGGAGGAUCCAGAAUUCUGGGAGGAGCUCACGAGGCUCUGCAAGCACUACGAACAGGCUGCCCGAGCAAAGCUGACCAACCUGCGCGCCCACUACAACCAGAGCCAGGAAGGGUGUCACACCUUGCAGGAAAUGACGGGCUGCGUUGUGGGGUCCUACCCACGCUUCCUCAGCGGGUACGGUCAGUACGCCUACGAUGGCACCGAAUCCUUCAUCCUGAACUUGGACCUGCGAUCUUCGACCGAGGCCAAAAAGACAACCCAGAUCACCGUACAGCGCAAUUUCCUGCAGGACAGAGAUGUGGAGGAAUGGAGGGUCUUCCUAGAGGACACUUGCGUGCGCUGGCUUCACCUGUUCCUGGAGAAGGGGAAGGAGACGCUGCUCCGAGCAGACCCUCCAAAGACACAUGUGACCCACCACCCCAUCUCUGACCAUGAGGUCACCUUGAGGUGCUGGGCCCUGGGCUUCUACCCUGCGGACAUCACCCUGGCCUGGCAGCGUGAAGGGGAGGACCUGAUCCAGGACAUGGAGCUUGUGGACACCAGGCCUGCGGGGGACGGGACCUUCCAGAAGUGGGCAGCUGUGGUCUUGCCCCCUGGAGAGGAGCAGAGAUACACGUGCCAUGUGCAGCACCAGGGGCUGCCUGAGCCCCUGACCCUGAGAUGGGACCCCCCUCCUCAGACCACCAUCACCAUUGUGGGCAUUGCUGCUGCUCUGGGUCUCCUUGGAGCUGUGGUCACUGGAGCUGUGCUGUGGAGGAGGAAGUGCUCAGACAGGGGCAAGAAGAGCUACACUCAGGCUGCCUGCAACAACAGUGCCCAGGGCCCUGAUGUGUCUCUCACAGCUCCUGAUGAGUGACAGAGCUGCUUUCUCCAGGACUUGGUGCUAAAAUAGUCACUGCAGCCUCCCCUUGGGACUCUAAGGUUCCCCGUCUGCUGUUUCUGCACCCAACAUCAGAACAUCAUUUAAUCAUCUCAACAUCCCUGCAUUAUUU